CCAGCUCCAGUCACCCUCCUCCUGCAGCAGAGCAGAGCCCAACGACAGCACCAGCCCUCAGCUUCGAGAUGUCUUUCGUCAGCAGCCGCGGUUACGCGUCCUCCGGGAGCUCCUUCCGGGCCUCCUCUGGCUCGUCCCUGUCCGGGGGCGGCCGGAUCAGCUCCGGCCGGGCAGCCAGCAUGUAUGGAGGCUCGGGAGGCUCCGGCACCCGCAUCUCCAGCUCCUCGGCCUCCUUCUCCAUGGCCUCCAGGGGCGGCGGCGGCGGCGGCGGCGCUGGAGCAGGCGCUGGCUACGGCUGGGCCGGCCUGAUGGACGGCAGUGCGGCGAGCUCCGGCGACUCGUCCACCGCGGGCCUGAACGAGAAGGCCACCAUGCAGAACCUGAACGACCGCCUGGCCACCUACCUGGAUAAGGUGCGCACGCUGGAGGCCGCCAACGGCGAGCUGGAGCUGAAGAUCCGCCAGUUCAUGGAGCAGAAGACCUCUCCCUCCGGUCGCGACUACAGCGCCUACUACGCCACCAUCGAAGACCUGCAGGGCAAGAUCCAGGAAUCUACCCGUAUCAAUGGAGGCAUUUACCUGAGCAUCGACAACGCCAAGCUGGCAGCCGAUGACUUCAAGUUGAAGUAUGAGAACGAGCUGUCCAUGCGCCAGUCCGUGGAGGCCGACAUCGGCGGGCUGAGGAGAAUGCUGGACGAGCUGACGCUGGCCAGAGCCGACCUGGAGCUGCAGAUCGAGGGCCUGAAGGAGGAGCUGGUGUUCCUCAAGAAGAACCACGAGGAGGAGCUGCAGGCCGCAAGGACGCAGAUGACCGGCCAGGUGAACGUGGAGGUGGAAGCUGCGCCACAGGAGGACCUGAACAAGGUCCUAGCUGAGAUCCGGGAACAGUACGAAGGUCUGGCAGCCAAGAACCGCAGAGAGCUGGAGGCCUGGUUCCAGACCAAGACCGAGACGCUGACCAAGGAGGUGCAGUCGAGCACAGAGACCCUACAGACCAGCAAGUCAGAGAUCUCAGAGCUGAGACGCAUGCUGCAGGGGCUGGAGAUCGAGCUACAGUCUCAGCUCAGUAUGAAACAAUCUCUCGAGGGCACGCUGGCAGAGACGGAGGGUCGGUACUCCGCGCAGCUCAUGAGUCUACAGAUGCAGGUCACCAGCUUGGAGGAACAGCUGAUACAGCUGCGAGGAGACAUGGAGCGCCAGGGCGCUGAAUACCAGAUGCUGCUGGACAUCAAGACGCGGCUGGAGAUGGAGAUCGCGGAGUACCGGCGCCUGCUGGACGGAGAAGGGGGUGGCAGUGUCGUCCACAGCAAAGAAACCAAAAAGGUCAGCUCGUCCCAAGACAGCAGCUCGUCCACCAGCACAACGCGCAAGGUGGUGACCAUCGUGGAAGAGGUGGUAGAUGGGAAAGUGGUCAGCUCGUCCUCCCAGGAGGUGAAGCAGAAGCUGUGAGAGACACCCUGGAGCAGCACAGCACUGACCGCUGCCCCUCCUGGCCAGAGAACACCACCGGAAAUGUCAUCUGUGCGCUGAAACUACCGCAAUAAAAAUGUUCUUUGGGUGUUGAAAGUC